AUGGACACGAAGCCGACACCAUGGCAUUCUUUAUCGGAGUCGGUUCGGAUCGGUUUGUUGCGUGAGUCAAGCUGCAGGCAAGUGCCACAAGCAGCUGGUCCAGAGAUUGCAUUGGUGGGCCGCUCCAAUGCGGGAAAGAGCACACUCUUGAAUUGCAUUUUGGCCUCGCGUGACCUGCGCGGUGUCGCGGCCACCAGCUUUCAGGGCGGCCGCACACGGACGUUGAAUUGGUAUCCUAUGGGCUACGAGGAGCCCAUUGGCUGGGCUGGCAAUGGCGUGCGGCUCAAGGUGCAAAGCGAGCCAGAGACGCUUGCAGAGGUGAUCGCCGCUGGCAAGGGCUGCUGCCUAGUGGACUGCUUUGGCCUAGGCACGGUGGACUACUCUUUGAGAGCUGCGCGGCUCCAAACCUGGGCUCCCCUGCUGCAGGGCUUUGUGAGCGAACGCCGGGCCUUGGGUAUGGUUUGCCACCUGGUGAGCUGCGAGCAGCAGGGACAACUCUCCGAAGGUGAUGAGCAGCUGGUGGAGAUCUUUCAAAAGUGUGAGAAAGAAAGGGUUCGCCGCCAGAUCGCGCCCUUUCGUUACGUGGUAAUCCUCACCAAGACAGACCUGGCGUCCAGCCCGGCUGAUGUGGAGCGCUUCGCCGAGCAAGUGGGUGCACGGCUGAAGGAGAUGGGCCAGACUGUUUGGAAGAUCGUGACGUGUACAUCAAUGAGUGAGGAUGGUUCAGGCAUCCGGGAGGUUGCAGAGAUCAUCGACGAAGCCAAGAAGGUUGGCUGGGAAGACCUCCCAGAGUGGAUCGAGGAUGCCUUUCUGACGCCGCGCCCGCCGGGCGGGAAGACCACCACGCAGCGGCGUGAGCUUCGAAACAACUUCACGCAGUCGCGGAGAGUUUCCUCGAGGCACCCACCACGUGGCGGGCCAGGGGCAAAGACCAUGCUACCUCCCAGGGUAUAA